AUGCGCGCCCGCGUCGCCAUAGCGCGCGUCGCGCUCGCGCUCACCCUCGUGUUCGCCCUCUGCUCGUCGUCCGCGAGCGCGCAGGACGAACCGCACGAGCCGAGCGUCGAUCCUCGAGCGUACGAAUCCUGCUCCCCGAGAGAAGCCCCGGCGCUCGAACGAUGCGCGUACGUCAGAGAGAACCCACUUUGCGCGCGCGACGUGAGUUUUUUACCCUACCUCGAGUGGCACUACUGCGCGCUGCGCGGCGACGCCUUCGCGAGCGGGAUGGGGGCGACGAUCCUGACGCUCGGGUUGUUCGCGGCGCUGGCGACGACGGCGGAGCGGUUCUUCGUUCCGGCAUUAAAAAACGUGAGUCGCGCGUUGAGGUUGAGUGACGACAUCGCGGGGGCGACGUUGCUAUCGUUUGGGAACGGGGCGCCGGAUAUCUUCGCGCAGAUCGCGGCGUUGAGUCAUCGGGACGCGGCGGAAUCGUUGGCGCUCGCGGUCGGCGCAGUGACAGGCGCGGGAACGUUCAUCGCGAGUUUCGUGUUUCCGUGUGUUAUCGUGAUAGGGGUGUCAAGAAACGGAGGUGAAAAGUUGGCGCUGAACAGAUGGGCGUUCGCGCGGGACGUUGGGUUUUAUUUCGUCGCCGCGGCGUUGGCGUGCGGAUUCUUCUUGGACGGGAGCGUGGAGGCCGUUGAGGCGGCAUCGUUAUUCGGUCUGUAUCUCGCGUAUCUCUUCGCCUUGCUCGCGAAGCGGCGCGUUCGGCGGGUGUGGAAUCGAGUGCGGUCGUUCUUCAACGACGAUAGCGACAGUGAUUCCUUGGAGUGGUCGGACGACGAGGACGAGAUGCACGAGCCCAUGCUAGAAGAGGUCGGCCAGAACAGAGACGACGAAGCUGAAGAGGAAAGGGAAGACGUAGAGCGAGCUGAUGGCGAGAGGGAUGAACCCGAAAGUGGUGAUGAUCAUGGAACGGCGUCUACGAGCGAUACCGACGAGGCACGUAGGCCGGUUGUUCGCGAAAUCAUGAACAACUUAUCGCACGCGUUCAAGAAGCUGAAGAUUCCACUCAUCACGAUUCUUCGGCUGACGAUGCCGGAACUUGGUCGAAGCGAGCGAUUAGCGCUGAGAGAGGUGAUCGCGUUGCCGAUCGUCGCGCCGUUAUUCAUGUUGGUCGCCACCGGAAUUUUACCUGGAAGCAUGAGUCUGGACGCUGUGUGCUACGGAAUCGCGGUGUCCAUCUUUUGUUCAUUCAUCCUCGCACACGCUUGGCCGCAUAUUGACGGGAUGCGAUCAAUUAGAGCAGUGUUGACGACUCUGGCAUUCUUUCAAUCCGUUUUGUGGAUGAAUACCGUCGCGAGUGAGGUCGUCUCGUUGCUCAGCGCCAUCGGAAAGGUGAGCGGCGUGAGCGAAGCUUUGCUCGGUGCCACCGUUCUCGCGUGGGGUAACUCCGUCGGCGAUUUUGUGUCCAACACCGUGGUAGCGUACGAAGGUAACCCGAAUAUGGCUAUUGCCGCUUGUUUCGCCGGGCCUCUGAUGAAUCUCCUGGUGGGUACGUCGUUCGGACUUUUGCUUCACAUCUCCCAGUACGGUCCGGUUACCGGCUAUGUCAUGCCGAACGAGCUCGUGCUAUUGUGCGGUGGUCUGCUCUUUGCUUUGGGCUACGCCCUCAUAAUUAUUCCUCUCGUUCACAGAUGGCGCAUCGGCAAGACGGCCGCGUACGGCAUGAUUGCCUUUUACGUUCUGUUCUCGAUUAUUUAUGCGUUGACGUCCACGCACAAAAUUUUUGCGCAGCCAUGGAUUGGUCCGCCACAAUAG